AGGGAAUAAUAAAAAAUAUAAAAAGUUAAUAUUAUGAAGCUACACAUGGGAUAUUUAUUUUUAUUUUUAUUUUUUUGAGGGGUGACAGAGAGAGUACUUAAAUGUGAACUAUAUUUUGAGACGGAGGGAGUAAUAACUUUUCUCUUUUCUUAUCGAUCUUUUUAUUCUUUUUUCUAUCUCUCUCUCCUCUUUAAAAAUUGUCUAGAAGCCCGUAAUUUUAAAAAUGUCAUCGCUAAAUUGAAAAUGAUGGAAGAAAUUAAAUUCUGGAAAUUCUUUUGAUAUACGAGAAUACCAUUUCAUUUUGGGCUUUUCAGUUUUCACCCUGUGCUAUAGACUUUCAGCUUUGAGGGGGGAGUUUGGUAUACUGACUGUACUCUUUUUUUUUUACAGUGCAGAUAGUGCCAGAUACGAAUAUGUACUUGCUUGAUCCCAAUUCACGAAUUUUGUUCCGUGUGUUAGGUGGAGAAGGAAAUAGUUGGUCUGUUAAUGAAAAAGCUCCAAAAUUUGUUUGAGAAGUACCAACUAUUAUUAUUUUCUCAUAGAAUCAGUUAGUGUGGUGGUUCAUAAAUGAAGAUGAUUUUGAGAGAUAUGGUGUUGUUGAGGAGCAAAACUGCUGUAAUUCCACUUGUUCCUUCUUCUGGUAUUCUUCUUCCUCUCUCUCCUCCUUUCUUUCCUUCCAUUUUCAUAUCUCUAUUUUCUUGUCGAAAUUAUACAUAUGGUGCAACAUAUCAUCAUGUUGAUGACCGUCAAUUGUUCCUAAAAUCUGUGAGACAGGAAUGCAAAUUAGGGUUUCACAAGAUUAAUCAUCCCCUUUCUCUGUUUGAUGCUAUGAUAUCUUUGAGUCCUCUUCCUUCUAUUGUGGAUUUUUGUAUGCUUUUAAGUGCAAUGUGUAAGAUUAAACCCCACCCCCCUUUCUCCACUGUCAUCUCUCUCCUCAGGGAACUUGAGCUGUCAGGCCUCCCACCCAAUGUUUAUUCCCUGUCCAUUCUUAUCAAUUGUUACUGUCGCUCCGGCCGUGUUGAUUUCGGGUUUUCCGUUCUCGCCAAGCUGUUUAAGAUGGGACAUCAACCUGAUAUUGUCACUUUCAAUACCUUAAUUAAUGGGCUUCUUUAUUCUGAUCUACUGGACGAAGCUGUUCAAUUGCUCGAUAAGACCAUCAAGCUUGGCUUCCGACCUGACAUCUUCACCUACGGGACUAUUUUUAAAGGUCUCUGCAAACGAGGAAACAAUGUUGGUGCUCUUAAGUUGCUUCGCACUAUGGAAUCCCAUGGCCAUUACCUGCCUGAUGUUGUCAUAUAUACUACCAUCAUUGACAGUCUCUGCAAAGACCAGGCUGUACCUCAAGCUGUCCAACUCUUUGAGGAGAUGAAAACCAAGCGCAUUUCUCCAAAUGUAUUCACUUAUCAUUCUCUAAUUCGAGGUAUGUGCACUGUGGGGAAGUGGAAAGAUGCUCAAGAGAUGUUGACUCAGAUGUUGAACAACAACAUAGCGGCUAAUGUGGAGACCUACACCAUGUUGAUUGACAUGUAUUGUAAGGAAGGGAUGGUUGCUGAAGCAAGGGCUAUAUUUGAUUCCAUGAUUGACACUGGUGAGGUUCCAGAUAUCAUCACUUACAGUGCUUUAAUAGAUGGAUAUUGCUUAUGUGGUGAGAUGGAAGAGGCUGAAAAGGUAAUGGAUUUGAUGGUAAAACAUGACUGCAAACCUAAUGUGGUUACUUUUAACAGCUUAAUCAAUGGAUAUUCAAAAGCUAAAAAGGUUGACAAAGCUGUGCAUCUUUUCCAAGAAAUGCCAUAUAAAGGACUUACUCCUAAUGUUGUCACAUAUAGCACUCUAAUUGAUGCCCUAUGCAAGGACAAUCAAGUACAUUUUGCACGCAAGCUCUUUAAAGAUAUGGAAUCUCAUGGCUUAAAACCAAAUGUAGUCACUUAUAAUUCGUUGAUUCAUGGUCUAUGUCAAAAUGCACUGAUUGACGAGGCAUUACACAUGUUUAAUGACAUGAAGAGCAGUGAUGUGCUCCCCGAUAAUUUCACGUACACUAUCUUUAUUGAUGGCUUGUGUGAAGCUGGCCGACUUGAAGAGGCUGUGAAUAUCUUCUCCUUUCUUGUAGCUAAGGAGUUACCCCUAAAUGUGUGUACCUACAAUGUAAUGAUCAAAGGAUUUUGUAAGAAAGGACUACUAACUGAUGCUCAAGAGGUAGUAAAGAAAAUGGUAGAUGAUGGAUGUCCACCAGAUGAGUGCACCUACAAUACAAUUAUUAGGGGAUUCCUUCAUGGUAAUGAUCUUAGCAAGGCUUUGGAGCUUGUCAGCAUUAUGACCAGCAAAGGAUUUGCAGCUGACGCUCAGACUACUUCGCAAUUUGCUUACUUACUCAUUGAUCCCAGAGUUAGUGAAGAAAACAAGGCCUUGCUUCGAAAGUUCUUCGAGAUAUGAGUACAUUGUAGUUGCAGUUUUCAUUUUGAAAAGCUAAAAGCCAGCAUUUGUACAGAAAGAGUUAGAUGGCCAUGCUUCUAGCUCAGUGAUACGUGUGCUCAUUACAAUUAGCUGAACAAGUUGGGAUCAACCGAGUUAUUCAAAUUUUUAAAUUUGGAAGUGUUGCCUGAUUCUUUGCUGAAACCAUAGUUCCUUAGAUGACCCUAUGGAGUGAUGCUGAUGAUAGCUAUCAGUGUCGCGUUAAUAUGGUGUAGUAUGAAUAAGCUGGAUAGUAACUAGUAAGUGUCCUUUUUGCUUUGCCGCUUUGGGUUUGUUUCUCGGCUUAGGUGUAGGUGGUUUUUGUUCCUGAGAGAAACAAUAGAUUUCAUAUUGACAAACUUAGUUUGAUUUAUACUCUCUUUGCUCAUUAAGUGGGAGUACUUGGAUUAUUUGGCCUCUAAUACACAAUGCCUUUAAGCUGUUAUGAUUACCAGAUGAAAGGGGAUGCACCAGUCGUGGUGAUUGGUGAGCACCAGAUGUAAACUCAAGACCAUCGUUCGAGGGAGCUGAUUGGAACGGGUGAGAGACGGGAUGGACUUUAUUAUUUUCGGCAGCAACCUUCUUCUCUUGCGGCAUCUGUUACUACUGGCUCCUCUUCCGCGGCCUCGGACUUGGCUAUCUGGCACAUGAGAUUGGGGCAUGCUUCUGAAGCUGUAGUGAAGUCACUUCCUUUUAUUUCUUCUGCACCUAGUUUAGACAAAGGUUGUGUUGUUUGUUACAAAGCCAAGCAGCCUAGGUGUAGUUUUGCUUUAAGUGAAAAUAAAGCUUCUCGGAUUUUUUAGAUGGUUCAUUGUGAUUUAUGGGGUCCUUGUUCGACACCCUCUUCUUGUGGGUCUCGUUAUUUCUUGACAUUGGUGGAUGAUUUUUCCCGUGCUGUGUGGGUUUAUUUAAUGAUUGAUAAAACUGAAGUGUUUCAAUUG